UCAGGUGAGCACCGGGUCUCCCCGCUCCGUGCGGGCUGGAUGGUACGGUCCACAUGCAGCUCCGGAGUUGUUGCUGAGGAGGUUCCUCUGUUCGGCACAUACCGUUAAAUUGGCAUGCAGCCUACGGUCUGGUCCUGUAGCAGGAGACCGCACUGCUUUUGAAAAAAAUGUUACCAGCUCACCGGAGUUACCUCGGACAGCAGGCCAGGGUCACAUUAAUCCACCUUUUGUGCAGUAUUACAGGUGUGUGGGGAAGUCAGGUGGUGGUACCUCAGAGGGUGAACGCCGUGCUGGGGAAGAAUGUGACGUUGGAGUGCAGGGUGGAGGUGGGCGCCAACCUUACUCUUACUCAGAGUUCCUGGGAGCGCCGUCUGCCUUCAGGCUCCGUCACAGUGGCCGUCUACAACCCACAGUUUGGCAUCUCUAUACCCCCAGAGUUCAUCCACCGUUUGUACUUUCGCUCACCCUCCUCUCAUGAUGCCACCAUCGUACUUGAAAAUGUGGGCUUUUCUGACGUCGGGAUCUACACCUGCAAGGUUGCCACAUUUCCUCUGGGAAACACUCAAGCCACAACUACUGUCAAUGUGCUCGUGGAGCCGAAGGUCUACGUGUCCGCGGGUUCAACUGCCCUGAUCGACGGUGGCAAUGACACUGUGGUGGCCACCUGCAUUGCCGAGCGGGCCCGGCCCCCGGCUGAGGUGUCCUGGGAGUCCAACCUUUUCGGUCAGUCCGAAGUACAGUUAUUCGACGAAGUAAACGGCACGACCAGCACGCAAGUGCGCUACCUCUGGCAGCCCACACGCCACAUUCAGGGCCACACGCUCACCUGCGUGGUCCGCCACCCAGCUCUGCUGAGUGACUUCAGGAUCCCAUACCAGCUCAACGUGCAGUUUGCUCCUGAUAUCUCGGUUGUAGGCUACGAUGGAGACUGGCACGUGGGGCGGGAAAAUGUUCAAAUGACGUGCAAAGCCAACGCAAACCCACCUGCUCAUCACUUCAGAUGGAUCAGAUUGGACAGUGAAAUGCCAGAAGGGGUGGAAAUCGUGAACAGCACUUUGCUUUUCCUGCGUCCCCUCCAGCGGAAUGACUCUGGAGUUUACAGGUGUGAGGUCGCCAAUGACAUCAACCUCCGCAGUCGGGAUGUGCGCAUUCUCAUACAAGAUCCUCCCACCAUGCCUUCCACCAUUACUGCUCCUCUCCUAACUGGCUCUGCCUCCUCCACCUUAGUGGAUGAAAAGGGGCAUGUCCUCCUGAGCUCCCCCACACUCGAAGCCCUCCCUGAGAGUAAUCUUGGCUCCAUAGUGGGUGGAGCUGUGGGUGGGGCAUUGUUCCUGCUCCUUCUGCUGUCUCUGGUCGGUGUGUGUUACCUGCGGAAACAGCAGACGUUCCACGGGAACUACUACACCAAGCAGUACCUGGGCCCCAACGACCUCCAGAAAGCGCCCACGCAGCACGAGCUCCACCCUACCAAAGCUGGCAGCAGCUCCCACCAUCAGGACCACGACAGAGAGGAGUGGGGCGACCCCCAGCACAAACACGAGCGCGACCGCUGUCACCAUAGCAACGGAGAGGGGUAUCCCUCUAACGGCUACACCAGGGCAAUGAGGGAAAGCAGUCAACACAGCCACCAGCAGAGUCACCACCGUGAACACACACAGUAUUCUAGCCCACGGCAGGCCAGAAGUGCCAGAUACCCUCACUCACCGAAACCACAGGGAAACGGCUCCCCCUACAUGUCAGACGACUGCUACGAUAGCGGACCCGAGGGUGACUAUGUCUCUCACACAGACGGGUCUGUCAUCUCACGUAGGGAGUGGUACGUUUGACGAGAUACCCGAUCCUGGAGGAGGAGGAGGAAGUUUCAUUUAUUAAAUUAGGAAGAAACACGUUAUUUCCCUUCUGCACGCGCACACACACACACACACACACACACACACACACACACACACACACACACACACACACACACCUACUAACCUUAGUCCUGUAGCUCCCUUGUUUUGUCCAAGCGUCCUGGUCGACACUUGAGAUUUGAUGUUUCUGUUCUUGAUGUGGACAGACUGUGGACUGCACAGCCACUUUGACUGCUACAUGCCCACAGAAGUGGACAUGUCACUAGUUUGUGUGUGUGUAGAGAUGAACUAAAGAUCAUGAUGUAUGUGCUGUCUCUGCCUUAUUACAUGGACUGCCAGUUUAUUCAGCGUUGCUUAUCUUUUUCAGCCGAGCGGAGGCCCUGGGGGCUCACAGAUCAUGUAUGGUCGCCAUAGAAGAAAGUUUUUGUUUGUUUCUCUAAAAUCAGCCUUCUCAGGCGAUGUGUCAUGCGCUCAUUUUUAUGUGUAGAUAUCAUCUGAAUAUGACUUCAGGUCCAGCAAAGGCAUAAUUUAAAAAAAAAAGAAAAAGGAUUGAUCUCACUGAGAAAUCAAAAUUCCUUCAUGAUGAUUCACGGUUGUAAAACGUGCCGCACUGCCUUUUGCAAAACUUUCUAACUGACGACCACACCUUUUCUCUUGUUUUCUACUAAAAUGUCCACCCUUUAUGUAACUCGCUGUGACAGGAGACUUGUGAGCUUGAGGACUUGACCACUGAUGUCGCAGCAAUGUCCUCUUUAAAAGUGAUGGCCUAGAGUGGAAACCUUAAGAGCAUUUCUACUGUAUGUCCCCGGCUCAUCUUUUUAUUCCCAGAAGGGGGAGGGCUGGUGAGUGGAAAAGCAGGGCGGCGCAGUUCACCGUAACAGAGUCCAUCAAAACAGUCGAGCCUUCGUAUGCAAAUUCUGCGAGUUUAUUCAUUUUAACCGCUUUGUGUGACUUGUUUUCAGGUUAGUCGUCCUCUUCAGUUCACCACAAACACAUCCUCCUGUCAUCUAACAGUUUAUAAAGGAUGCGUUUGAGAAUUUGCACUCUGGCACCGAACCAGGGCUCUUUUGGAAGUUCAAGAGAGCCGUCAGCAGGGGCAUUGUUUAAAGUAGGCUACGGUAUGGCAGCCACCAUAUGCUGGCCUCCUACUCACAAAGUAUUUUGUUACACAAAGAAAUCAUUGAGGCAGUACCACAAAAAAAAAAAAA